AUGGGAGGGAAAAACAAAUUUGAGAUUUUAUUUCAGCUACAAAAUGCUCUACGGCGACGCCGGAUUUCUCCUUCCUCGUCCUUGCUCUCUCUCCGCCGGGUUUCUCCGUCGGAGAAACCUAAUCAUAAGAACAUCAAUCUCUCUGGGUUUCACUUUCUGGGUACUGCUCACUUUCUUUAUUCUAUAGCAGUUCCCGACAGAAACUCCACUGGUUUCAACGAAGAACAAGACAAGCAAUCUGUUGUUGAUGUUAACAAUAUUUUGAAGAAUCACCGUGGAAGUUCUCCGGAGGAAAUUAAGCGGAUCCUCGAUAAGUGCGGGAUAGUGUUAACUCAAGGGUUGGUUUUGGAAGUGGUUAAUCGGAAUCGAUCUGAUUGGAGACCAGCUUAUAUACUUUACCAAUUGAUUCGUAAACAAUCUGUUUAUAUAUCUAGCUCCGUUGUGUACAACGAGAUUCUCGAUGUUCUUGGUAAAAUGCGGCGCUUUGAAGAGUUCCACCAAGUGUUCGACGAAAUGUCUAAGAGAGAUGGACUUAUUGAUGCAAAGACAUAUGAAGUUUUGCUAACCCGAUACGCUGCUGCGCACAGAGUAGAUGAAGCUGUGGGAGUAUUUGAGAAGAGGAGAGAGUUUGGGAUAGAGGAUGAUUUGGUUGCAUUUCAUGGGCUCUUGAUGUGGUUGUGUAGGUAUAAGCACGUCGAAUUUGCGGAAACUCUGUUCUGCUCUCGUAGAAAUAAGUUUGGCUUCGAUAUAAAAGCGAUGAACCUCAUUCUCAACGGGUGGUGUGUUUUGGGAAAUGUUCAUGAAGCCAAGAGGUUUUGGAGAGACAUUGUUGCUUCUAAUUGCAGGCCAGAUGUUGUCAGCUACGGGACGAUGAUAAAUGCAUUGACAAAGAAGGGGAAGUUGGGAAAGGCCAUGGAACUAUACAAAGCAAUGUGGAAAACCGGAAGAAACCCGGAUGUCAAAAUCUGCAAUAACGUUAUUGAUGCAUUGUGUUUCAAGAAGAGAAUCCCGGAGGCUAUUGAAAUAUUUAAGGAGAUGAGUGAGAAUGGUUGCUCUCCGAAUGUUGCAACCUAUAACUCUCUUUUGAAGCAUCUCUGCAAAAUAAGGAGAACAGAGAAAGUUUGGGAGCUAGUGGAAGAGAUGGAACAAAAAGGCGGUAGCUGUUCGCCUAACGACGUGACAUUUGGUUACUUGCUUAAGUAUUCGCAGAAACCGAAGGAUGUUGAGGCGGUUUUGGAGAGGAUGGCGAAGAACGGGUGUGAGAUGACUAGUGACUUGUACAAUUUGAUGUUUAGGUUAUAUGUGCAAUGGGACAAUGAUGAGAAAGUGAGAGAGAUAUGGAGUGAGAUGGAGAGAAGUGGGUUAGGACCAGACCAAAGAACAUAUACUAUUAGGGUUCAUGGUUUGCACACAAAGGAAAAAAUUGGAGAAGCAUUGGGUUACUAUCAAGAAAUGUUGUCAAGAGGAAUGGCGCCAGAGCCAAGAACUGAGAUGUUACUGAACCAGAACAAGUCCAAGACAAAAGAAGAAGAGAACAAGCUUAUAUCUAACAUAACAAAUGAAGAGUGUGAAAGCGAUUGA